AUGAAGUACUUAGCUGCAUAUCUUUUGUUACAACAAGGCGGUAACGCAUCUCCUUCCGCUGCUGACAUCAAGACUCUUUUGGAGUCUGUCGGUUCCGAGGUCGACCAAAGCAACAUUGACCUGUUGCUUUCCUCUUUGGAAGGCAAGUCCGUCAACGACUUGAUUGCUGAAGGUGCCACCAAGUUAGCUUCCAUCUCCACCGGUGGUGCUGCUGCUGCUUCUUCAGGUGCUGCUGCUGGCGGUGCUGCUACCGAAGCUGCUGCUGAAGAAGAAGAAGAAGCUAAGGAGGAAUCCGAUGACGAUAUGGGUUUCGGUUUGUUCGAUUAG